CUGACCGAUCUGAACCUCUCGGGCAAUGGCAUCGGCGACGAGGGCGCUAAGGCGAUCGGCGAGGCGCUGGCGGUCAACGGGGUGCUGACCGACCUCAACAUUGGCGGCAACAAGAUCAGCGACGAGGGCGCCACUGCGAUCGCCGAGGCGCUGCGCGGCAACGGGGUGCUGAAAACGCUCGACCUCGAAUGCAACGCGAUCGGCGCCGAGGGUGCUGAGGCGCUGGCCUCCGCUCUGCGCGUCAAUGCGGUGCUGAAAACGCUAAAUCUCUCCCUCAACUACAUCGGCGUCGAGGGCGCAAAGGCGAUCGGCGCGGCUCUGCGUGGCAACGGGGUGCUGACCUCCUUGAACCUGGGCUACAACAGCCUCACCGAGGAGGCGGCCCUCGGCAUCGUGCGUGUCGAGCGGCAGCGCAACAAGCUGACCUCGCUGGGCCUUGCUCGCUGCAAUAUCGGCCCGACUGGCGCCGCAGAGAUCGCCGAGUACGUGUCGGGCAGUGGGGUGCUGACCAACCUCGACCUCUGCGACACCGGCAUCAACGACGAGGGCGUCAAGGCGCUAGCAGCCGCACUUCGCGUCAAUGCGGUGCUGACCUCGCUCAACCUCUCGGACAACGCGCUCUGCGGGGUCAAGUACGGGCGGGGCAGCUACGACGCGUCCGGCAUCCAAGCACUUGCAGAGGCCUUGAAGGUCAAUGGGGUGCUCACCCACCUCUACCUCGCCGGCAACCAGAUCCGCGACCAGGGGGCCGCUGCGAUCGCGGAGGCGCUGCGCGGCAACGAGGUGCUAAAGUCGCUCAACCUCAGCGACAACAGGAGUGGCCCCGAGGGUGCCAAGGCGCUCGGCGGCGCCCUCGCGGUUAACGCGGUGAUGACCGCCCUCAAACUCGGCGCCAACAACAUGAUCGGCGGCGAGGGCGCAGCCGCGAUGGCCGAGGCGCUGCGCGUCAACGGGGUGCUGAUCACCCUCAAGCUAGUCGACAACAACAUCUCGGACGAGGGCGCCGUUGCGCUGGCCUCCGCUCUUCGCGUCAACGGGGUGCUGAAAACUCUGUACCUCACCUGCAACGAGAUCGGCCCCGAGGGCGCCAAGGCAUUGGCCUCCGCUCUG